AUGACAGCGGACAAAGAAAAAGACAAAGACAAAGAGAAGGACAGGGAUAGAGACCGGGAUAAGGAGCGAGACAAGAGAGACAAGGUGAGGGAGAGUGAGAAUUCACGUCCUCGACGGAGCUGUACGCUGGAAGGAGGUGCCAAGAAUUAUGCGGAAAGUGACCAUAGUGAAGACGAGGACAAUGACAACAACAGUGCCACCACAGAGGAGUCCACAAAGAAAAGCAAAAAGAAACCACCCAAGAAGAAGUCCCGAUACGAGAGAACAGACAAUGGUGAAAUAACGUCCUUUAUCACAGAGGAUGAUGUUGUAUACAGGCCUGGAGAUUGCGUAUAUAUUGAAAGUCGCCGGCCGAAUACCCCGUAUUUCAUCUGCAGCAUUCAAGACUUCAAACUGAGUAAACGGGACCACCUCCUUAUGAAUGUCAAAUGGUACUAUCGCCAGUCUGAAGUCCCAGAUUCAGUCUAUCAGCAUUUGGUUCAGGACAGACACAAUGAGAAUGACUCUGGACGGGAGCUUGUUAUUACAGACCCAGUUAUCAAGAAUCGAGAGCUCUUCAUUUCAGAUUAUGUUGACACUUACCACGCUGCUGCCCUCAGAGGGAAGUGUAAUAUCUCCCAUUUCUCUGACAUAUUUGCUGCUAGAGAGUUUAAAGCCCGAGUGGAUUCAUUUUUCUACAUACUGGGCUAUAAUCCAGAGACAAGGAGGCUGAACAGUACGCAAGGUGAAAUCAGAGUUGGACCCAGCCAUCAGGCUAAGCUUCCUGAUCUGCAGCCGUUUCCUUCCCCAGAUGGUGACACAGUGACACAGCAUGAAGAGCUUGUGUGGAUGCCAGGAGUCAAUGACUGUGACUUACUUAUGUACCUUAGGGCAGCAAGGAGCAUGGCAGCUUUUGCAGGCAUGUGUGAUGGAGGAUCCACAGAAGAUGGUUGUGUUGCAGCCUCCCGUGACGACACUACACUUAAUGCACUCAAUACACUACAUGAAAGUAACUACGAUGCUGGAAAAGCCCUGCAGCGCUUGGUGAAGAAGCCUGUGCCAAAACUGAUUGAGAAGUGUUGGACUGAAGAUGAAGUG